ACCUGUAAUAUACUUCACUUUUUGUAUUCUGUUAUCUCCUCAACUACAUUCUUUAAAUGCUCAUCUCAUUUUCCAUUCUAUCCUUGCAGUUAGUUGCCUCAUCGAUUUUCCAAACACCAAUAUAAAACUGACACACAUUUACACACAUAUUUCUCAACAAACAGAUUACUUAUUUUCUUAUUAUCUUUCUUUCUUUAUUAUACUCUGUUUGUUUCACCACACAAACAAACAAUCAGGGAGAGAGUUUUCUGGGCAAUGCACAGUGCAAGAAACAGGGGAAAGCAGGGAAAAACAGAAGAAAACAGGGGAAAACAGAGGAAUACACAGAAAAUGGAAAAGUGUAAUCAUUUUUGUGAAGCAAAUAAGGGUCAAAUUGAGAAGAAAUCCAAUAAAAAGGAGUAUAAGCUUGUGGGUUUUAAUGAAUUGCCUAGUUAUAUGAAGGAUAAUGAGUUUAUCUUGAAGUAUUAUAGAGCAGAAUGGCCUUUAAAACAAGCUUUUUUUAGCUUGUUUCAGUGGCAUAAUGAAACGCUCAAUGUUUGGACGCAUUUACUUGGGUUUCUUCUGUUCGUUGGAUUAACUAUUGUUAAUGCUGCUCAUUUGUCACAAGCUGUUGAUCUUUUUGGGAUUUUUAGGACUUAUUCAUCUGGUUUAGACAAAAACGCAUCUCAUGAUUCUACUAAUCUUCUCAUGGGAAUGACGAAAAUGAUGGAUUUGAACAGCUUAGCCCACCAAGGAGACAUUGAAUCAACAGCAAGAUGGCCUUUCUAUGUGUACUUAUGUGGCUCAAUGUACUGCCUUUUAUCAAGCAGUAUUUGCCAUCUUUUCUGUUGCCACUCUCAUAAAAUGAACUUAUGGCUCCUUCGAAUGGACUACACCGGGAUCACUGUCAUGAUCAUUACCUCAUUCUUUCCUGCAAUGUACUACAUUUUCUUAUGCCAACCCAUCUGGCAAAUAGUCUACCUUUCAGGGAUAUCUAUCUUCGGAGUCUUCACUAUCGCAACAAUGCUUUCUCCUACCCUCUCAUCAGGAAAAUGUCGAGCCUUUCGUGCUAUACUCUUCGUGUCCAUGGGUCUAUUCGGGAUUAUCCCCGCAAUUCAUGCUUGUAUUCUGAAUUGGGAUAACCCAAGAAGGAAUUUGACCCUUGCUUAUGAAUCUGUUAUGGCACUGUCAUACCUUAUUGGGACAUGCUUCUAUGUGACCCGGAUUCCAGAAAGAUGGCGGCCUGGUUGGUUCGAUCUUGCAGGUCAUAGUCAUCAGAUUUUCCAUGUGUUUGUGCUGUUGGGUGCAUUGGCUCACUAUGGUGCUGCACUACUUUUCAUGGAAUACAGAGAUAUGGUAGGGUGUUGAUAAUGACCUAAAAAUUGGAUUUAAGAUCACCUGCUAAAUCAGAUCAAUUACAUUACUGUUUUAUAAUGUUUAGACUGAUUAUACAUUAUUGGAUAAUUAUAGGAAUUGUAGAUAUAAGGAAAAUUAUUAUUCAUUUGUUAGCAAAAGCUAUUCAGAAACUCUGAACAGUUGAGCAAUACAAUACAUAAAGCAUUCAUAUUUAAUCUUGUGUUAAGCAAAACUAUUGAUUAAUGUACUACAUACUAUAUCUUAAUCUUAUACUAUAUAUUGUGAAGAAUGUAUGAAUUGUUUCAUAAUAUCAUGAAUUUUCCACAA